UAAAUCUUCUGAAAGAGUACUUUGUUUCUGUCAUCAAAUUGUUCUCCACUUUCAUAUUUUUUUUCAUUUCAUUUCUAUGACCUCACUCACUCCAAUGCCACUAUUUCUCUAACCUCAGAGAAGUAGUACACUCACUUCUCAUUCAACUUCAUCAUCAUAACAACUCAAAUGGAUCCUUUCUCAUUAACCCUUGAAACUCCUUCUCCUUCUCAACCUUCUUCUCAUGUUUCUGUUGCUAUUCCCACCCCCAAUUUUACUAUUUCCAACCAAAUCCCUAAUUUCUCACCUUCACCCCCAACUACCACCAUUUCCUCCGGAGCACCGCUUCAGACGCUGCUCGUUCCAAAACCGGAGCCUUUCGAUGAUUUCUUCGCGACCCAAGAUUCUCAACAACAACCCCAUUUCUCUCCUGGCUCAGAAACCGAUGAUCAAUCUGAUUUAUACACUGAGUACUACCGUAUUUCACAGCUUUUCAAUGCUACUUUUGGUAAAUCGCUUUACCCUUUUAUGGGAAUCGAUGAUUCCAACAAUGCUUCUGCUGUUUCAAUGGAGAAUUUGGUCAAUGGUUGUAACCCUGACCUAAAUCUCAACCCUCCUAAUUUGAGGGUGGAUUCUAUUGAUUCUGAGCCCUGUGAGGGAAAUGAUCGAGCGAUUGUUGUUGUUCCGGAGAAACAAGAGACGGCGGUUGCGGUGGUUAGGAAGAAAGCAAGUCAAGUGAUGGAGCUUGUGAGGGUUUCAGAUCUGAGUAUGAAGGAUCAGAUGCAUUUUCGUGAUGUGAUGAGGAAGACUAGGAUGAUUUAUGAUUCGCUCCGCGUGUUGGCAAGUGUUGAGGAGGAGAAGAGAAUGGCUGAUGAGAGGAAAUUGGCUGCUGAAGUUGCUGUGGAGGAAGAGAGGAGAUUGUCUGAGGAGAGGAGGUUGGCUGAGGAGAGGAUGUUGGCUGCUGAAGUUGCGGUUAUGGAGGCAGAGAUGAGAGUCGGUGAGGAGAGUAGGGUGGCAGCUGCAGGGUUGGAAGGGGAGAUGUCGAGUGGAAGAAGGCGUCGUGGUCGUAAUCGCAUUCGUGGUGAUAUGAGGGCUGCUGCGUUAAUGAGGAAGCGUGAGUUGUGGCUGUAUCGCGAUAAGAGGAUAGUUGGACCGAUACCUGGAGUUUAUGUUGGUGAUGUGUUUUUGUUUAGGAUGGAAUUGUGUGUAAUUGGUUUGCAUAUGCAGAUACAAGCUGGCAUUGAUUACCUGCCUAAAAGUAGGUGCUCAAAUGGUGAACCAAUUGCUACCAGUGUGAUUGUUUCGGGUGGUUAUGAGGAUGAUAUGGAAUUGGAUGACGGUGAUGUUAUAAUCUACACUGGCCAUGGAGGGCAGGAGAAGAAUUCCUCAAGGCAAAUUUGUGAUCAGAAAUUGGUGGGCGGAAACCUUGCUUUGGAAAGGAGUAUGCAUUAUGGAAUCGAGGUUAGGGUUAUUCGUGGGAUGAAGUACGAAGGGAGCGCAUCCGGUUCUGGUAAGGUUUAUGUUUAUGAUGGAUUGUAUAGGAUUGUUGAUUGUUGGUUUGAUGUAGGAAAGUCUGGUUUUGGAGUUUAUAAGUAUAAGCUAUGGAGAAUUGAGGGGCAGGCUAAGAUGGGUAGUGCUGUUCUCAAAGAGGCUAGGGAGAUUAAGAAAAUUGGGUUGGAUGUUAAGCCUAUGUAUUGUCUUUCUGUUGAUAUUUCACACAAGAGGGAGAAUGUUCCUAUUAGGCUAUUUAAUGAUAUAGAUGACAAUCAAGAACCUCUUUAUUAUGAGUAUCUUCCGAAAACUACUUUUCCGCAGUUUGUGUUUCAUCAGAGUGGGAAUGCUACUGGCUGUGAAUGUGUGGAGGCUUGUACUGAUGGCUGCUUUUGCUCUAUGAAGAAUGGAGGAGAGUUUCCCUAUAAUCUUCAGGGUUUGCUUGUGAGAGGGAGGCCUUUGAUUUUUGAAUGUGGCCCUUUUUGCUCCUGUCCUCCCAAUUGUCGGAAUCGUGUUGCACAAAAGGGGAUCAGGCAUAGGUUGGAAGUGUUUAGGUCUGCGCAGACUGGUUGGGGAGUUAGGUCUUUGGACCUUAUUCAAGCCGGAGCCUUUAUCUGCGAGUAUACAGGGGUAAUUUUAACAAGGGAGCAAGCUCAAAUUUUAACAAUGAAUGGGGACUCCUUAAUAUAUCCUAAUCGGUUUUCAGAUAGAUGGGCAGAAUGGGGGGAUUUGUCUCAGAUAUACACUGAUCAUGUGCGUCCAUCGUAUCCCUCAAUUCCUCCUUUAGAUUAUUCUCUGGAUGUAUCAACAAUGAGAAAUGUUGCUUGUUACAUGAGCCAUAGUUCGAGUCCAAAUGUGUUUGUUCAGUAUGUUCUGUAUGAUCACAACAAUUUAAUGUUCCCUCAUGUUAUGCUAUAUGCAAUGGAGAACAUCCCUCCUCUGAGAGAACUCAGCAUAGAUUAUGGCAUCGCAGAUGAGUGGACAGGCAAGCUGUCUAUAUGUAUGUAACUAUGUAGUUUUGUAAGGUUGCUGCAGCCGAAUUUUGGCCAUGGAUAGCUGAGGAUUGCCAUGAUUUUGAGAAGGCUUCAACCUUACAAAACUUCGUGGAACUGUGGAAGUGCUUGCUUAAUGAACUUUUUAUGUCAUGUUAUCCAAAAUCACUUAAUAGCUAUUAUGUCAUCCUCUGUAUUUUCUAACUCAUGUUGGCUAGAGUACAUGCAUUUUGCCGCGCGGUGAUGAAGAUCAGGAAUUGGAGUUUCAUCAUGUAUGCUUAAUCUAGAACAGUUAUGUGAUUAUUCACUAUGUUGAUUUAAUUUGUUUGUCCAUUCCUGCUCUUGGGCUAAGCAUUUCCAAGUCUUAGCUCCAUCCUAUGUAAGCAUGUAGCUCCGAUGUUUUUAGCUUUUGUCAUUGUAUAUAAAUUAUAUAAUGUAAGUUCAGAGCUUGUACAGGGAUAACAUUGUGGUUGGUGAUUAUGGAUAGAUAUAUAAUGCAGCAUUUUAGAUGGUUUAGAACCAAAUGAAUAGAUAUAUGAUUCAGGCAAGUUGUUGUAGAUGUCUAACUCUGAGUCUAGGCGUUUUAUGGCCCAUGUAUUAUGAGAGACAAUGUUUUCAUUUUCUUAAGAAGAACUUGUACUUCGUUGGUUGUGGUAGAGAACCAAGAAAUUGUUGAAAA